UUCCUCUCCAUAAAUUACCAAAAUAUAAUAUAUAUAAAAAAGACUUACCCCCCUAAAAACACACACACAAUCUUCACCUUCUUUUCACACACAUAAAAUUCCCAUUUCAUUUCACUAGCAAUGAUAAUAAAUGGGUAAAACAACAAGGUGGAUCCGUUCAUUAUUCCGGCCCAAAAAACCCACCCAUUCUUCUUCAACACCCGGGUCGGGUGGUUCCGGUUCUGUACGACAACAAACAAAAUUCUCAUCGUCAACAACAACAAAAGACGGCCUCUAUGCUUCCGAAACAUGUUCGUUAGACGCCAACAAACAUGCCAUUGCUGUCGCCGCUGCUACGGCUGCUGUGGCUGAAGCCGCCCUAGCUGCAGCACAUGCGGCGGCGGAAGUGGUUAGAUUGACUGCUGGUGGUGCCGGUGGUGGUGGUGGGAAUAGGGUGUAUUAUGAUGGCGAACGACGGCGGAGUAUGGCGGCGGUGAAGAUACAGUCGGCGUUCCGGGCUUAUCUGGCUAGGAGAGCACUAAGGGCUCUUAAAGGGUUGGUGAAGCUUCAGGCACUUGUGAGAGGCCGUAUUGUGAGAAAUCAAAGUGCAGACAUGCUUCGGCGCAUGCAGGCCAUGGCUCGUGUUCAGGCUCGAGCCUGUGCUAGUCGAGCUUCUUUGUCUACCUCACCACAUUCAAGCACCAGAUCCUCAAACUCACUUGCUCAUCACAGAUCUACACAUGUGAAAAACUCCCUCAUCCAUGAACGAUUUAAAGGACUAAAUUGGUUGGAAAAUUGGAUGGACGAUACAUCUUGGAGCAGUAAACAAUGUAGGCCAGAUGAUGAAAGGAGUGACAAGAUUCUUGAAGUUGAUACUUGGAAGCCUCGUUUCAACCCGAGCCCUAGUAACAAGUCAACUCUUGACUCGUCUUCCACACCAACAAAACCCUGGAACCCAAGCUCUAGACACGGAGCCCGGGAAGUAUUACCAUUGGGCUCAAUAAUCCAUCGAGAAGCAGAAAAAAUCCUAUCAACAGCUGAUAACACCCCACGGAUGCGAUCCCCUGCUUCUAGGCCCGGAAGUAGCCAUAAACGAAGCCCAUUUACUGAAUACUCACGUAGCGUAUUUGGUGAGUACCCAAGUUACCCAAACUACAUGGCUAACACGGAAUCAUCACGGGCCAAACUUCGGUCACACAGUGCUCCAAGGCAAAGGAUUCAGGUUGAGAAAUCGGGUUCAACUGGAUUGUUUUGGGAUUAUUCUGAUACUCUCUCCGAGAGAGGCUUUCGAGGUUAGAUUUUAUUGGAUUGUGAAAAUGAAGUUUGUUAUAUUUGAUUAGGUUUGUUGAUUUGAGUGUUUUUAUUGUGAUAAGGUUGUGUAUUAGCCAUGGUGUAACUUAAUUGGGAUGAUUUUACACGAAGUAAUUUUAAGUGUAUAUGUUUUUA